ACAACCCGCAGCUUUAUGUCUCCAUAGAGAUACGAGAUCCAAUGCCAUUCAUGCGCCAACGGUGAUGCUGCAUCGCGUCCUUCAUCCGAGGUCACCGUCGCUAUCAAUAAAUCACGUGCAAAAGCUCUCGUUCCAUACCACAAUGGCGACUGGGCAGGAACUCAAGGCUCAGCUUCGUGCAAAGAUCAAAGGGAAUCUUGCGCAUGUAAGCGCGGCGUCAAUCGAGUCUCAAUCGAUAGCAGCGCAAAAUGUAAUAUUGUCCAUGCCCGAAUAUACUCGCGCGAAGAGUGUUGGAAUAUAUCUGUGCAUGCCCACGUCCGAAGCUCAAACCUAUGCGCUCAUUCGUGAUGCAUUCAAGCAAGAUAAAGCAGUCUUCGUGCCGUACAUACAUGCUGAAGUCAAGGCGGACGACAUGGAAUCUGCCGUACAAGUCGAACGCUCGAAGCCAGCCAAGAAGAGGAAGGUCAUGUCAAUGCUUCGACUAAAUAGCCUUCAUGAGUAUGAGAAUCUGAAGCCAGACAGCUGGAAUAUUCCAACUCUACCCAAGUCAGAUCUGGAAACCCGAGAGAAUGCAAAUGGAGGGAAGGGCUUGCAGGGCGUUACAACAGGCGAAGCCACAGGAGAUCUUGAUCUCAUUGUCAUGCCAGGUGUUGCAUUUGACCAUCAAAUGAACCGAAUGGGCCACGGUGCAGGUUAUUAUGAUAAGUUUCUAGCCAGCUUUUGCAAAGCGGAAACAAGACAAAAGCCUUUCUUAGUUGGUCUCUGCCUGACUGAGCAAGUCCUUCCUUCAGAAGAAAGUCUCGUGAUGCAGGAUUGGGACUGGAAGGUCGAUGCGGUAGCGGUAGGAGAUGGUCGAUUGCUAACAGCGGCAUCGACAUGAGCGAGAGGCUUUGAAUCAACUCGUAUAGAUCAAAUAACUCACACUAUUGUGACAUCCUCCCUUUCGACGGUCGACGUUGGACGUACUGUAGAUUGCAUACGAUCGCAUUGGU